GAUCAAAAGCAGGCAUGGAGUCAGGGUCUGAAAGAAAUGCUGGACUGGAUUCUGCACCAAGGGGGAAAGCUGGUCUGGAGUCUGGUGAGAACUGGAUUCCAGAAGAUGUGGCUCAAUGGCUGGAUCACAUUGGAGUGUCUCAGGAGCACGAGCCCGAGCCCGACGGAGGUAGUCUACACUUAACCCCCCCUUCUCUCCCUGGGUGUGUGUGUGUGUGUGUGUGUGUGUGGUUUUGUUUUUCUACGAGGUUAGAAAAACAAGCAUGUGUGUGUGUGUGAGAAAAAUAGGCUCUGAAAAAUAUGACCUAGGCCUGCAACAAAACACCAGGUGAGACAGAGUUAGGUAGAGCUCUCUUUCCAUCCAUAAAUCAGCAUAAGUUUUACACUUGAACCUAAACCUAACAUCAUUGGAACCCUAUACUAUGACCCCUGGCUAGAGCCUUUCCGAUUGGUAUUGGUGAGAGGGCCCAGGGAGGAAAAUGACGGAAGCGGAUGUUCUGUUUGAAUCAGAUGGCGUAGAGUAGAGAUGAGACUGAGAGGAAUUGGAUUACAGAGGCGAAUACCAAAGGAAAUAAGUGAAGUAAAGUGGUUGUGGAAUCGAGUAAAUCCAAGCCUAGUUCUGAGUCUUUUUUUGUAGUAAGGGUUUUGGAUCGAUGUUGUUACCUGGGAGAUCCAUUUGAAGUCUCUAUAAACAUUGGAUGAGGUGGCGUCGAUGAGAGUAACGAGAAGUGGGCUUUUUUAUGUGUGUAUGUAUGGAACAGGAAGGAGCAUGCUCUGAGCCUCAAAAAGAUGUCGGAUUGGAAUGUGUGUGUAUCUAUGGAACAGGAAGGAGCGUGCGCUGCGCCUCAAAAUGAUGUCGGAUUGGAAUGUGUGUGAAUCAAAUCAAAUCAAAUUUUAUUUGCCACAUGCGCCGAAUACAACAGGUGUAGACAUUACCGUGAAAUGCUUACUUACAGCCCUUAACCAACAAUGCAUUUAUUUUUUAAUAAAAAAGUAAAAUAAAACAACAACAACAAAAAAGUGUUGAGAAAAAAAGAGCAGAAGUCAAAUAAAAUAACAGUAGGGAGGCUAUAUACAGGGGGGUACCAGUGCAGAGUCAAUGUGCGGGGGCACCGGCUAGUUGAGGUAGUUGAGGUAACAUGUACAUGUGGGAAGAGUUAAAGUGACUAUGCAUAAAUAAUUAACAGAGUAGCAGCAGCGUAAAAAGAUGGGGUGGGGGGGGGGGGGGGCAGUGCAAAUAGUCUGGGUAGCCAUGAUUAGCUGUUCAGGAGUCUUAUGGCUUGGGGGUAGAAGCUGUUGAGAAGCCUUUUGGACCUAGACUUGGCGCUUCGGUACCGCUUGCAGUGCGGUAGCAGAGAGAACAGUCUAUGACUAGGGUGGCUGGAGUCUUUGACAAUUUUGAGGUCCUUCCUCUGACACCGCCUGGUAUAGAGGUCCUGGAUGGCAGGAAGCUUUGCCCCAGUGAUGUACAUUUUACAUUUUAGUCAUUUAGCAGAUGCUCUUAUCCAGAGCGACUUACAGUUAGUGAGUGCAUACAUUUUUUUUUAUUUUCAUACUGACCCCCCGUGGACCGUACACACUACCCCUUGCGGUCGGAGGCCGAGCAGUUGCCAUACCAGGUGGUGAUGCAACCAGUCAGGAUGCUCUCGAUGGUGCAGCUGUAGAACGUUUUGAGGAUCUGAGGACCCAUGCCAAAUCUUUUCAGUCUCCUGAGGGGGAAUAGGCUUUGUCGUGCCCUCUUCAUGACUGUCUUGGUGUGUUUGGACCAUGAUAGUUCGUUGGUGAUGUGGACACCAAGGAACUUGAAGCUCUCAACCUGUUCCACUACAGCCUCGUCGAUGAGAAUGGGGGCGUGCUCAGUCCUCUUUUUUUCCCUGUAGUCCACAAUCAUCUCCUUUGUAUUGGUCACGUUGAGGGAGAGGUUGUUAUCCUGACACUACACAGCCAGGUCUCUGACCUCCUCCCUAUAGGCUGUCUCAUCGUUGUCGGUGAUCAGGCCUACCACUGUUGUGUCGUUGGCAAACUUAAUGAUGGUGUUGGAGUCGUGCCUGGCCAUGCAGUCAUGGGUGAACAGGGAGUACAGGAGGGGACUGAGCACGCACCCCUGAGGGGCCCCCGUGUUGAGGAUCAGCGUGGCAGAUAUGUUGUUACCUACCCUUACCACCUGGGGGCGGCCCGUCAGGAAGUCCAGGAUAUAGUUGCAGAGGGAGGUGUUUAGUCCCAGGAUCCUUAGCUUACAGUGUGGGAAAAAAGUAUUUGAUCCCCUGCUGAUUUUGUACGUUUGCCAACUGACAAAGACAUGAUCAGUCUAUAAUUUUGAUGGUAGGUUUAUUUGAACAGUGAGAGACAGAAUAACAACAAAAAAAUCCAGAAAAACGCAUGUCAAAAAUGUUAUAAAUUGAUUUGCAUUUUAAUGAGGGAAAUAAGUAUUUGACCCCCUCUCAAUCAGAAAGAUUUCUGGCUCCCAGGUGUCUUUUAUACAGGUAAUGAGCUGAGAUUAGGAGCACACUCUUAAAGGGAGUGCUCCUAAUCUCAGUUUGUUACCUGUAUAAAAGACACCUGUCCACAGAAGCAAUCAAUCAAUCAGAUUCCAAACUCUCCACCAUGGCCAAGACCAAAGAGCUCUCCAAGGAUGUCAGGGACAAGAUUGUAGACCUACGCAAGGCUGGAAUGGGCUACAUGACCAUCGCCAAGCAGCUUGGUGAGAAGGUGACAACAGUUGGUGCGAUUAUUCGCAAAUGGAAGAAACACAAAAUAACUGUCAAUCUCCCUCGGCCUGGGGCUCCAUGCAAGAUCUCACCUCGUGGAGUUGCAAUGAUCAUGAGAACGGUGAGGAAUCAGCCCAGAACUACACAGGAGGAUCUUGUCAAUGAUCUCAAGGCAGCUGGGACCAUAGUCAACAAGAAAACAAUUGGUAAUACACUACGCCGUGAAGGACUGAAAUCCUGCAGCGUCCGCAAGGUCCCCCUGCUCAAGAAAGCACAUAUAUAUGCCCGUCUGAAGUUUGCCAAUGAACAUCUGAAUGAUUCAGAGGAGAACUGGGUGAAAGUGUUGUGGUCAGAUGAGACCAAAAUGGAGCUCUUUGGCAUCAGCUCAACUCGCCGUGUUUGGAGGAGGAGGAAUGCUACCUAUGACCCCAAGAACACCAUCCCCACCGUCAAACAUGGAGGUGGAAACAUUAUGCUUUAGGGGUGUUUUUCUGCUAAGGGGACAGGACAACUUCACUGCAUCAAAGGGACGAUGGACGGGGCCAUGUACCGUCAAAUCUUGGGUGAGAACCUCCUUCCCUCAGCCAGGGCAUUGAAAAUGGGUCGUGGAUGGGUAUUCCAGCAUGACAAUUACCCAAAACACAUGGCCAAGGCAACAAAGGAGUGGCUCAAGAAGAAGCACAUUAAGGUCCUGGAGUGGCCUAGCCAUUCUCCAGACCUUACAUUUACGUCAUUUAGCAGACACUCUUAUCCAGAGCGACUUACAGUUAGUGAAUACAUAUAUAUUUUUUAUUUAUUUUUUUCAAACUGGUCCCCCGUGGGAAUCGAACCAACAACCCUGGCAUUGCAAACGCCAUGCUCUAUCAACUGAGCUACAUCCCUGCCGGCCAUUCCCUCCCCUACCCUGGACAACGCUAGGCCAAUUGUGCGCCGCCCAGUCGCGGCCGGCUGCGACAGAGCCUGGAUUCGAACCAGGAUCUCUAGUGGCACAGCUAGCACUGCGAUGCAGUGCCUUAGACCACUGCGCCACUCAGGAGACUUGAAAAUCUGUGGAGGGAGCUGAAGGUUUGAGUUGCCAAACGUCAGCCUUGAAACCUUAAUGACUUGGAGAAGAUCUGCAAAGAGGAGUGGGACAAAAUCCCUCCUGAGAUGUGUGCAAACCUGGUGGCCAACUACAAGAAACAUCUGACCUCUGUGAUUGCCAACAAGGGUUUUGACACCAAGUACUAAGUCAUGUUUUGCAGAGGGGUCAAAUACUUAUUUCCCUCAUUAAAAUGCAAAUCAAUUUAUAACAUUUUUGACAUGCGUUUUUCUGGAUUUGUUUGUUGUUAUUCUGUCUCUCACUGUUCAAAUAAACCUACCAUUAAAAUUAUAGACUGAUCAUGUCUUUGUCAGUGGGCAAACGUACAAAAAAAGCAGGGGAUCAAAUACUUUUUUCCCUCACUGUAGUGAUGAGCUUUGAAGGCACUAUGGUGUUGAACGCUGAGCUGUUGUCAAUGAAUAGCAUUCUCACGUAGGUGUUCCUCUUGUCCAGGUGGGAAAGGGCAGUUUGGAGUGCAAUAGAGAUUGCAUCAUCUAUGGAUCUGUUGGAGUGGUAUGCAAAUUGGAGUGGGUCUAGGGUUUCUGGGAUAAUGGUGUUGAUGUGAGCCAUGACCAGCCUUUCAAAGCACUUCAUGGCUACAGACGUCAGUGCUACGGGUCGGUAGUCUUUUAGGCAGGUUAUCUUAGUGUUCUUGGGCACGGGGACUAUGGUGGUCUGCUUGAAACAUGUUGGUAUUACAGACUCAGUCAGGGACAUGUUGAAAAUGUCAGUGAAGACACUUGCCAGUUGGUCAGCACAUGCUCGGAGUACACGUCCUGGUAAUCCGUCUGGCCCUGCGGCCUUGUAAAUGUUGACCUGCUUUAAAGUCUUACUCACAUCUGCUACGGAGAGCGUGAUCACAUAGUCAUCCGGAACAGCUGGUGCUCUCAUGCAUGCUUCAGUGUUGCCCUGCCACAUCCGACGAGCGUCAGAGCCGGUGUAGUACGAUUCAAUCUUAGUCCUGUAUUGACUCUUUGCCUGUUUGAUGGUUCGUCGGAGGGCAUAGCGGGAUUUCUUAUAAGCGUCCGGGUUAGAGUCCCGCUCCUUGAAAGCGGCAGCUCUACCCUUUAGCUCAGUACGGAUGUUGCCUGUAAUCCGGUUGGGGUAUGUACGUACGGUCACUGUGGGGAAACAGGAAGGAGCGUGCUCUGCGCCUCAAAAAGAUGUCGGAUUGGAAUGUGUGUUUAUCUAUGAAACAGGAAGGAGCGUGCUCUGCGCCUCAAAAUGAUGUCAGAUUGGAAUGUGUGUAUCUAUGAAACAGGAAGGAGCGUGCUCUGCGCCUCAAAAAGAUGUCGGAUUGGAAUGUGUAUAUCUAUGGAACAGGAAGGAGGAUGCUCUGGGCCUCAAAAAGAUGUCGGAUUGGAAUGUGUGUAUCUAUGGUACAGGAAGGAGCGUGCUCUGCGCAUCAAAAAGAUGUCGGAUUGGAAUGUGUUGUGUGUGGAUCUUCGAAGCCGGGUGCCUAUCAAGGGUGUUAUCUCUGUGGUGGUGAUAGAAGUAAAUGCAAAGGAUAUAUACGUGAAGAAUUGGAUCAAGUGGUUGGUGCACACCGACUGACCCACAUAAUGGCUGUCCAGCAUGUCUCCUAUCUGGAGGCAGUGAGAAGAGUGGAAGAAAGGAGUGAAGUUGAAGAAAUAAUGGUAGUAGGAGUAGAGACACCAGAGAAUAUUCCUUGUCAACAGAGAGAUUCUGACAUGUUGCAUGUUAAGAAAGGUGGACUUUGUAGCAUUUAUUGCAUUGGUUAUCAACUGCACAGCGCAAACAGAGAGGAAAUCUGAGAAAAUAGGCAACAUUGUGAGUACGGCUGAGUGUUUUUUGGGACUCAAGGAUUUUACAGCAGAGGUAUUACAAGGAAUCCUGUCGAUGAACGCUCCAUCCUCACGGGCACCUGAGCCUGUUUAGGGAUAUGAUUUCAACUGUGACUGAAGGAGUGUGAUGUUUUUUGAUAAUUUUUUUUUAUUUUUGUAUGAUUUCGGGUCCCCCCCCCCAAUGGAAUAUUUUUUGUUUCAAUACAGUCGGUAGCAGCUAUACACCAUUUGGUGUAGCCUGCCAUAAAACCUUAAAGAAGAAGAAUGCCAACCGCCAUAUAAAAAACAACAGAAGAAGAAGAAGAAGAAAAUGUAUGCACUCACUAACUGUAAAUCGCUCUGGAUAAGAGCGUCUGCUAAAUGAUUAAAAUGUCAAAUGUAAGAAGAAGACCCCCGGUUAUUAACUCGCGGGCGCUAGGACCCCGGCAUGCCCCCCUGAGCUGCAGGGCUUGCACUGGCAUUCCGCUCAUUCCAGAACGAACGGGCCGGGGCUGAUUAUGCUCGCGCUACCGCUGUGGUCGCUGACCCACUGCUAUUUGCGCUUCUGCCCGAAUCUGCUUUUCUGAAAGCCGGUGCAGUCAGCCUCAAGACCGGUUGCGCCAUUAGCGCGCGGAGAGAAGUAUCUCAACACGACCGAUCAUUUAGGACCGAGGUAAACGUUUCUGCCUGUAUAAGGGAAAGAAGUGCGUGAGGUCAGCUUUCUUUCAGCAUGUGAUGUUUUGGUCACUUCGAUCCACGCGCUACGCACAUACUGUCUUAAAUUGUGCAGGGCCGUCUCUGACCGGUUCUCGGGAAGUUAACUGUAGACUAGCCUAAAUAACUUUUGGGUGUUUGUCUUCAAAGUGCAUAGCGGCUUGGGUCGCGAUUAUAGCUGCCUACAUAGUGCAGGAAUUAAUCUCCGGUUCUAUUUCGUUCCAUAAUGUGUCAGUUCAGUUGUCUAUUUCGGUCCUUUAGUGUGUCAGUUGUCUAUUUCUGUCUGUUAGUGCAGGGUUUCCCAAACUCGGUCCUGGGCCCCCCCCUGGGUUCAGGUUUUGUUUUUUGCCCUAGCACUACACAGAUGAUUCAAAAAACCAACUCAUCAUCAAGCUUUGAUUAUUUUAAUCAGCUGUGUAGUGCUAGGGCAAAAAACAAAACGUGAACCCGGGGGCCCAGGACCGAGUUUGGUAAACCCUGUUAAUGUGUCAGUUGUCCAGUAGGCUACAACAGCAAGCUUGCUAUGUAUAUAGUUACAAGAUUCUCUGGACAUCUUCCACAUUUUACUGUGUGUGUGUGUGUGUGUGUGUGUGUGUGUGUGUGUGUGUGUGUGUGUGUGUGUGUGUGUGUGUGGGUGGAUGGACAGGCAGUAGUUGGACAGGUGGUUGUGUCUCUGUUUGCUUUGAGAGGUACUGGAGGGAAACACCAGGGUGGCAAUGCUGAGGACAGCAGAUGACCAGACAGUGUUGCCUCCUGAGAAUUAGGAGGUCCUGGUCCCUAGCCUAUUAUAACUUAUAAGUAAAAACGACUAUUUUAUUUUUGUUUCUUUUUCAGGUCUCUCUUUGUACCACAGUUUCCCAGGAGCCUUUGCACUGGAGGAUGUGGUUUUGUGCCCCCCAGAGACAGUCCCCUUCACCAUCAACAAUGACCCCCCCUCAAUGACCACCCAUCCACUGUUACUGUCCACCCACCCCACCCAUCCCACCUCCACACCUGCCAGGGAACCAGGUACACUAGCAGUUAGGGGGGUUAAGCUAGGCCUUAGGCAUUAUUCACCUGACAUUGACCUCUGACCCCUGCUGUUUCCUAGGUGAUGCAGCCUUGGCGUUUGUGUCCCACCCCUGUGUGAGCGCCAUGCAAGGAGAGGAGGAGGAGGGCAGGAGUCUUCUCUCAAACACCAUACAAGAACAAACCAGCUACAGGGGAGGCGGAGGAGGAGGAGGAGGGCCUCAGAGUGACAACCUGAACCCCAUGCAGCCCUCCCAGGUGGCCUCCCCACCGCCCAGCAGUACAGACUGUAGCGCCCCCCCCACCUCAGACAGCCAACUACCACCUUACCCCCUUACCUUCCCUCACCCCCCACUAGCUCACCCCCAGUUCCCCGAGCUGCGCUGGGCUCGGCAGGAGCCUCAGGGGCAGGAGCAGCAGGCUGACGGUAGCUCCCUGGAGAAACAUGGACCCCCCCCAGCCCCCCCAACCCUCCCUCCAGCCCAGCUUAGAGGAGCUGCCGAGCUACGAGCAGGCCAAGGCCCAGACCCAGGGACAACGCCACCACCAGGACCAGCUCUAUUACACACUGGAGGACCAGGAGAGCCUACCUGGCCCCUCUCACACCCCAGACAGACAGCCCUCAGCCUGGACCAGCUUAGCUCCCGACAGCCGCUCUGAGACCUCUAGCCCUGACACCAACACUGACCCCUCUCCUUUCUCCAGCCCCAGCCCCAGCCCACCCCUGGGCCCUCAGCAAGGCUUUAUCUGUGAUGGGGAUGAGGCUGAGGGUUUGUCUAUCUGGGGUGGAGCGGCCAUUGGAGUCUCUGCUCUGAGGGAACUGAAGCAGGGUCAUGUGUACUCCCUCAGCCAGAGGAUCCUCCAACUCAGCAUUGAGACCAAUGGAACUAGUAACCCUCCCUCUAACAACCCCUCCCCCUGUUACCCCGCACCCCUAAACCUAACCCCACUCACAGGAUCAGGAGACCCCCGCGGACCCCCGCCAGAGUAUCCCUUCAAGCCCCCCCAGUCGCCCCCCUGCUCCCCCUCAGGGAAACCCCAGCCCCCCUCCUCUCCCUCUGAGCUAGGCCCUCUCUUCAUCGACCCCCCCUCUUCCACAAUAAUGGACUGGUCCACAGCCCAGCCAACCAGAGCUGAUAGCAACCCCCCACCUGAGUACCAGAGCAGGCGGCACCACCCCGGGACCCUAGGGGGUCCCUCAGUCCAGUACCACCACAGUCCCACACCCUCCCAGAUCCUAUUUUCACAGACCCACACCUCCACCCUUCUCCCCAAGAUCCAGCCCCAGACUUCUACCCUUGUCUCUCAGCUCCAAGCCCAGCCUCAACAACCUACCCCAGGCCCCUCCGGUGCAGAGGUAGUCAUGGCAGCCAAGGUGCAGCAGAUGGUCCAGCUGCUGUGUGAGGAGAACCAGAGUCUGAGACAGGAGCUGCUGACACACAGAGAGAAGGCCUCCAAACUGCACUGGGUACGAGGGAGUUUGUGUGUGUGUGCUCACUAUAACCCCAUAACCUUUAAGGCCCAUUGCAUUCAAAAUUCUGUUUUUUGUGUGUUUUAUAUCAUAUUGUACAACAGCUGAUGAAACUAACACUGUAAAAUGGUGAACAAAUUUGAUCAGUGUUAUUUCCUGAUAGUUUCUGGUUGAAAAUGGUGGUCCUCUGUAGCUCAGCUGGUAGAGCACGGCGCUUGUAACGCCAAGGUAGUGGGUUCGAUCCCCGGGACCACCCGUACACAAAAAUGUAUGCACGCAUGACUGUAAGUUGCUUUGGAUAAAAGCGUCUGCUAAAUGGCAUAUUAUUAUUAUUAUUAUUAUUAUUAUUAUUAUUAUAAUAAAAUACAAUCUACACAGGACCUUGUAAUCAGCAGUUUUGUCUUUCCAUGGUGACAUCACCAUGUGGUAAAUUGAUUAAUAGACCAAUAACAAAGAGAGUUCCAAACCUUUCUGCCAAUAACAGCUACUGUUCAGUUUUCCACUCCCAAUUUAGACCACUCCCAGAUAGUCAAGAUUCUUGCUUGAGAAAUGGUUUUGCUUAAAAGCUAUUUUUGUCAAUUUUAAUGGAAAAUUAUUACAGUAAGGUACCUAAUUUUUACCCAGAAAUUAUUUGAUAUUGAUAUAAAAACUGCUUAAUUGGGCCUUAAACCAGGGUUUAACAAACCCACUUCUUUGCCCCCCCCCCGACCCUAUUUAAGUAAUUUAUACGAACUACUCUUCCUUGUGCUGCAGUUAGAGGAGGAGCUCCAGAAGAUCUCUGAAGAGUAUGAUUGGCUGAUGAAGAGCUCGUCAAAGAGGGAGGGGCUGGACCGAACCAUGAGGUGCAAACUGGAGGGGGAGAUUAGACGCCUGACAGUCUUCAACAGAGACCUGAGAGGUAGGACAGGAGGACUUGUAAAAGGAUGUUGAAAAUAAAAUUAAUAAUUGGGUACUAUAAGUGCCGUCACCCUUUUUUCAACCUUUUUCUUAGCUGUAUUACAUUUACAUCAUUUAGCAGACUGUAUGUUUGGGAUUUGGGUCAUUUCGGCCAAUAAGUUGUGUUAAUAGAAGAAAGAGGAGUUGAACAUGUUCAUCUAUGUUGUAUGACUGUUUUGUCUCUGUAUGACUGUUAUGUCUCUGUAUGACUGUUAUGUCUCUAUGACUAUGUCAUGUCUCUGUAUGACUAUGUCAUGUCUCUAUGACUAUGUCAUGUCUGUGUGACUAUGUCAUGUCUCUAUGACUAUGUAAUGUCUGUAUGACUAUGUCAUGUCUCUAUGACUAUGUCAUGUCUGUGUGACUAUGUCAUGUCUGUAUGACUAUGUCAUGUCUGUGUGACUAUGUCAUGUCUGUGUGACUAUGGUAUGACUAUGUUAUGUCUGUGCGUGACUAUGUCAUGUCUGUGUGACUAUGUCAUGUCUGUAUGACUAUGUUAUGUCUGUGCGUGACUAUGUCAUGUCUGUGUGACUAUGUCAUGUCUGUAUGACUAUGUUAUGUCUGUGCGUGACUAUGUCAUGUCUGUGUGACUAUGUCAUGUCUGUGUGACUAUGUCAUGUAUGUGUGACUAUGUCAUGUCUGUGCGUGACUAUGUCAUGUCUGUAUGACUGUCAUGUCUGUGCGUGACUAUGUCAUGUCUGUAUGACUAUGUUAUGUCUAUGUAAUGUCUGUCUCAGAUCGCCUAGAGACUGCCAAUCAACAGCUAGCGUGCCGUGAGCCAGAAGGAGAGGAGGAUGGACAUGCUGCUGAGCUUAGUAAGUGUGUGUGUCUGUACUUGUGUGUUUGUGAUGUUGAUGAGUGUUUGUGAGUGGGAAUAUGGACACACCCAGCAUUUAGGUUUUCCUAUCUUCUUUCCUCUCCUCCUUUUUCUCCACCACUCCCUCUCUUCCCAGGCUAAAUUCAGAACACAUACAAUUAUCCCAUUUCCUUUUAGCCACACAUGACACACACACCCAUGCACGCACGGACGCUCACACACACAUACACACACACACAUACUUUUAUUAGAGAGUCAGUGUGAAUACAGACAGUGACCUCGUCUGGCCUGGAAACCCGAACAGAGAGAACUUUCUCCUCCUGACCACCACCUUUCUCACGUUCUCCCACUCCCACUCCCCAACGUAGCCGCAUCGAGGCGCUAGUACGGUACCACAGCAACGGUACAAAAGACACACGCGGAGAGCCCAGCGAGAGACUUACAAGCCAGUCGCUCUCUCGCACUCAACCGCCCUCGAUCCAAUUGCGCCAUAACAACCUAGCUCUACGCACUCCCACUACACUCUUCUCCAUUCAUCUGCUCAUCCCCUACUCCAUUUCUCCUCUAAUUCCCAUCCCUCUCUCCUCUUCUCCUCACUCUCUCCCUCUCUCUCCCUCUCAUCACUCCAUCUCUCCCCUCCUCCUCUCUCUCCCCCUCUCUCUUUCUCUCCCAUUCUAUCUCUCGCUCUCUCUCUCUCAAUUCAAUUUAAGAUAUUUAUUAGCAUGGGAAACAUAUGUUUACAUUGCCAAAGCAAGUGAAAUAGAUAAUAAACAAAAGUGAAAUAAACUCUUCUUUUUUUUUAACGGUAAACAUUACACCUCACAAAAGUUCCAAAAGAAUAAAGACAUUUCAAAUGUCAUAUUAUGUCUAUAUACAGUGUUGUAACAAUGUGCAAAUAGUUAAAGUACAAAAGGGAACCAUGAGAGAGGAGUGGAAGUGUUUGUUUUAUUUCACUGUGCUGUCUGGUAUGUGACACCAGGAACGAGGGAUAGAGUGGGGAGGGAGAGAUAGAGAGGGGGAGACCGGUAGAGACAGGCAAAGGGAGGGAAAGGCAAGAUCUCUUAUAGCAGUUUUUGGACAGGUGCUCUUUCAAAGUGUCAGCCCCAUCCCCCACACACACAGAAACUACCCAAAUACUCUGCACCCCACCUCCUCCCCUCUUCCCUUCACACACACCUGCGUCUCUCCCCUCCUCCUGCAUGUGUGUGUGACAUGUUAUCCCAGAGACAAAGGGGAAUGAUCUGGUCUGUGCUGGGAAUGCUGCCUCAGCAGAUUCCACUACCCCCCUUAUCCCUCCCUCCCUCCCCCACCCAACACACGUCCACCCCUACCUAGAGUUUAUCCCUCCCUCCCUCCCUCCCCCACCCAACACACGUCCACCCCUACCUAGAGUUUUAUCCCUCCCUGCCCUCUCCUCCCCACAUCCAACAACGUCGACCUCCUACAUAGAGUUAUCCCUCCCUCCCCCCCCUCCCCCACCUCAACACACGUCCACCCCUACCUAGAGUUUAUCCCUCCUCCCUCCCUCCCCACCAAACACGUCCACCCUACCUAGAGUUUAUCCUCCCUCCUCCUCCCCCCAACAACGUCCACCCCGUCCUAGAGUUUAUCCUCCCUCCUCCCUCCCCACCAAACAGUCACCCCUGACCUAGAGUUUAUCUCCCUCUCUCCCUUCUCCUCCAACACACGUCCACCCUACCUAGAGUUUGGCCAACUUUAGAGCUGGACGCCAUGUUGCUGCCUCUGAACAUUCCAGUCAUGAGGAGUACUGGGUUCUCUAAUUCUAACUUUAAAGGGUUAGUUAGCAAGUCUGAUUUGAGCCUUUUUUCUCUUCUCUCUUCUCUUCCCCCUUUCCCUCUCUCUGUCUCUCUGUGUCUCUCUCUUUGUCUCUCUCUGUCUCUGUCUGUCUCUCUCUGUCUCUCACUGUCUCUCUUUCUCUCACUGUCUCUCUGUCUCUCUCUCUCUGUCUCUCACUGUCUCUCUGUCUCUCACUGUCUCUCUCUGUCUCUCUGUCUCUCUCUUUGUCUCUCUCUGUCUCUGUCUCUCUCUCUGUCUCUCUCUCUUUGUCUCUCACUGUCUCUCUCUCUUUGUCUCUCACUGUCUUUCUCUGUCUCUCAGGAGAUGGACUGAUAGAGAAAGAGCGUUUGGAGGAGGAGGUGGAGGAGCAGCAGCAGAGGGCAGAGAGACUGGAGUCAGCUCUGAGCAGCGCCCAGCAGAGAGCACUACACCUAGAGGAGGAGGUAUACAUUAUAUCACAUCACAUCACAUUACAUCACAUUACAUCACAUCACAUUACAUCACAUUACAUUACAGGACAUUACAUUACAGGACAUCACAUGACAUCACAUUAUAUCACAUCACACACAUUAUAUCACAUCACAUUACAUCACACACUCAGACACUUAUUCACACACCAUAUACACAUACAGAUCAAACCAACAUACUGUAUCUGUGUCCUCUCCUCCCUGGUCUGUGUGUGUGUGUGUGUGUGUGUGUGUGUGUAGCUGCGUGUGAAGUGUGUGUACGCGGCGCGUGUGGAAGGGUUGCAGCAUGCUGUGGUGCAGUUGCAGACGACUUGUGAGAAGAGAGAGCAGCUGGAGAGACGCCUGCGCACACGGCUGGAGAGAGAGCUACACACACUGCGCACGCAACAGGUACCACACACAACUGUGUUAUAACAAUGUCAUAACAGGUCAUAUGCUAUUUUGUUAAUGCAUAAAAGCGGGUCUGGAUUGGCUAAAACCGUAUUUUAUUUUCUCCAUCUGUCUCUUUCUUCUUCCUCCGCCUCUCUCUCCUCCCCUCAGAGAGUGUGUGUGGGUGUGUGUGGGACCUCUGCACCAGGUGUGUGUGGGGGUGUAGGGGAGGGCAGUGCCCCUGCUCUGAGGGAGCUGCUGAGGCAGAGGGAGGAGAGGGUGCUGGCUCUAGAGGCUGACUCUACCCGCUGGGAACAGAAGUACCUGCAGGAGAACGCCAUGAGACACUUUAACAUGGAGACUGCUGCUACAGCCAACGCACAGAGGUAUACACACACACCAACAGGUCACUCAUACACAUAGGUAGAGAAGGUAGAGAUGGUGCUGCAGUGGAUAGCAUCCGUUUUCUACGGGCUAUUUUGUGUUGUUAUUUUUACGCUGAUCUUAAUUGUUUUUGUACAUAAUGUCUUCACCAUCAUUUCCUAUGACUGAAAACAGCUUCUGGAGAUCAGAACAGCACUCACUAACCUCGAUUUGGACGACAAUUUAUAUUUCAACGAGUCGGCAGCUCUGGAUGUGCUGCUUACUCCGGACCAGGCCCUACUUCCCGGGAUUCAAAAGAGGAAGCGAUGGCACAAAAGAGGCAGAUGAGCCGGCGUCCUGAGUACGUUGGCGAAGCUAAUAAACUUCCUCGACCCUCCGUUCUGUUGGUGAACGUACAGUCACUACAGAACAACAGGAUGAGCUCCGUUCGAGACUAUCCUGUGAUAUGCUUCUCGGAGUGGUGGCAGAACAAGGACAUGGGUAAUAUACAUCUCGCUGGCUUUUCCAUGCGUUGUCAAGACCGGUCGGCAGCCUCGGGGUAAGAUUAGUGGGGAGGGGUGUGUCUAUUUGUUAACAACUGCUGGUGCGCAAUCUCUAAUGGUAAGGAAGUCUGGAGGUUCUGCUCGCCUGAGUUAGAAUACCACAUGAUAAGCUGCAGACCAUACUAUUUACCAAGAGAGUUUUCAUCUAUAUUUUUCGUAGCUGUCUAUUUACCACCACAAACCGAUGCUGGCACUAAGACUGCACUCAACGAGCUGUAUAGGGCCGUAAGCAAACAGGAAAAUGCACACCCAGUGGCAGCGCUUCCUAUGGCCAGUGAUUUUAAUGCAGGGAAACUGAAAUCCGUCUUACCUCAUUAUUACCAGCAUGUCACCUGUGCAACUAAAGGUGACAAAACUCUAGCUCACCUUUACUCCAAACACAGAAAUGCAUACAAGGCAUACUGUACAUAGCUAACUCGCCCUCCCUUUGGCAAAUUUGACCAUAACUCUAUCCUCCUGAUUCCUGUUUAAGCAAAAACUCAAACAGGAAGUACCAGUGACGCGCUCAAUAUGGAAGUGGUCUGAUGAAGCGGAUGCUAAGCUACAGGACUUUCGCUAGCACAGACUGGAAUAUGUUCCAGGAUUCAUCUGAUGGCAUUGAGGAGUUUACCACAUCAGUCACAGGCUUCAUUAAUAAGUGCAUCGACAACGUUGUCCCCACUGUGACCAUACGUACAUAUCCCACCCAGAAGCCAUGGAUUACAGGCAACAUCCGCACUGAGCUAAAGGCUAGAGCUGCCGCUUUCAAGGAGAGGGACAUUAAUCCAGAUGCUUAUAAGAAAUCCCGCUACGACUUCCGAUGAGCCAUCAAACAGGCAAAGCGUCAAUACAGGACUAAGAUCGAAUCCUACUAUGCCGGCUCUGAUGUUUGUAAGAUGUGGCAGGGCUUGUAAACUAUCACGUGUUACAAAGGGAAACCUAGCCGCGAGCUGCCCAGUGACGUGAGCCUACCAGACAAGCUAAAUGCCUUCUACCGGUUGUUCCGGACGACUGUGUGAUCUCGCUCUCCGUAGCCGAUGUGAGUAAGACCUUUAAACAGGUUAACGUUAACAAGGCUGUGUGUGUGUGUGUGUGUAUAUAUAUAUGUGUGUGUGUGUGUGUGUGUGUGUGUGUGUGUGUGUGUGUGUGUGUAUAUAUAUAUAUAUGUGUGUGUGUGUGUGUGUGUGUGUAGGGACACCCUGGUGGUGCACUCUCGCAGUGGUAGCUACAGUGAGAUGGCGGGCUGCACACUGUGGCAGGAGGAUGGUGUACAGCAGGCUACCAGACGCUGCAAUGACAUGGAGCACAGGUAUACACACACACACACACACACACACACAUAUAUAUAUAUAUAUAUAUACACACACACACACACACACACACACACACAUAUAUAUAUAUAUACACACACACACACACACACACACACACACACACACACACACACAUACAGUGGGGAAAAAAAGUAUUUAGUCAGCCACCAAUUGUGCAAGUUCUCCCACUUAAAAAGAUGAGAGAGGCCUGUAAUUUUCAUCAUAGGUACACGUCAACUAUGACAGACAAAAUGAGAAAAGAAAUUCCAGAAAAUCACAUUGUAGGAUUUUUUAUGAAUUUAUUUGCAAAUUAUGGUGGAAAAUAAGUAUUUGGUCACUCCCUCCAAAGAUUUUCUAUGGGGUUGAGAUCUGGAGACUGGCUAGGCCACUCCAGGACCUUGAAAUGCUUCUUAUGAAGCCACUCCUUCGUUGCCCGGGCGGUGUGUUUGGGAUCAUUGUCAUGCUGAAAGACCCAGCCACGUUUCAUCUUCAAUGCCCUUGCUGAUGGAAGGAGGUUUUCACUCAAAAUCUCACGAUACAUGGCCCCAUUCAUUCUUUCCUUUACACGGAUCAGUCGUCCUGGUCCCUUUGCAGAAAAACAGCCCCAAAGCAUGAUGUUUCCACCCCCAUGCUUCACAGUAGGUAUGGUGUUCUUUGGAUGCAACUCAGCAUUAUUUGUACUCCAAACACGACGAGUUGAGUUUUUACCAAAAAGUUCUAUUUUGGUUUCAUCUGGCCAUAUGACAUUCUCCCAAUCCUCUUCUGGAUCAUCCAAAUGCACUCUAGCAAACUUCAGACGGGCCUGGACAUGUACUGGCUUAAGCAGGGGACACAGCAGGAUUUGAGUCCCUGGCGGCGUAGUGUGUUACUGAUGGUAGGCUUUGUUUGCUUUGGUCCCAGCUCUCUGCAGGUCAUUCACUAGGUCCCCCCGUGUGGUUCUGGGAUUUUUGCUAACCGUUCUUGUGAUCAUUUUGACCCCACAGGGUGAGAUCUUGCGUGGAGCCCCAGAUCGAGGGAGAUUAUCAGUGGUGUUGUAUGUCUUCCAUUUCCUAAUAAUUGCUCCCACAGUUGAUUUCUUCAAACCAAGCUGCUUACCUAUUGCAGAUUCAGUCUUCCCAGCCUGGUGCAGGUCUACAAUUUUGUUUCUGGUGUCCUUUGACAGCUCUUUGGUCUUGGCCAUAGUGGAGUUUGGAGUGUGACUGUUUGAGGUUGUGGACAGGUGUAUUUUAUACUGAUAACAAGUUCAAACAGGUGCCAUUACUACAGGUAACGAGGGGAGGACAGAGGAGCCUCUUAAAGAAGAAGUUACAGGUAUGUGAGAGCCAGAAAUCUUGCUUGUUUGUAGGUGACCAAAUACUUAUUUUCCACCAUAAUUUGCAAAUAAAUUCAUUAAAAAUCCUACAAUGUGAUUUUCUGGAUUUUUUUUUCCUCAAUUUGUCUAUCAUAGUUGACGUGUACCUAUGAUGAAAUUACAGGCAUCUCUCAUCUUUUUAAGUGGGAGAACUUGCACAAUUGGUGGCUGACUAAAUACUUUUUUCCCCCACUGUAUAUAUAUAUAUAUACACACACACACACACAUAUAUAUAUAUAUAUAUAUAUAUAUAUAUUAUAUAUAUAUAUAUAUAUAUAUAUAUAUAUAUAUACGUUUCCCACGGGGGGCCAGUAUAAAAUAAAUAUGUAUUCACUAACUGUAAGUCGCUCUGGAUAAGAGCGUCUGCUAAAUGACUAAAAUGUAAAUAUAUAUACACUGCUCAAAAAAAUAAAGGGAACACUUAAACAUCACAAUCUAACUCCAAGUUAAUCACACUAAUGUGAAAUCAAACUGUCCACUUAGGAAGCAACACUGAUUGACAAUAAAUGUCACAUGCUGUUGUGCAAAUGGAAUAGCCAACAGGUGGAAAUUAUAGGCAAUUAGCAAGACACCCCCAAUAAAGAAGUGGUUCUGCAGGUGGUGACCACAGACCACUUCUCAGUUCCUAUGCUUCCUGGCUGAUGUUUUGGUCACUUUUGAAUGCUGCCGGUGCUUUCACUCUAGUGGUAGCAUGAGACAGAGUCUACAACCCACACAAGUGGCUCAGGUAGUGCAGCACAUCCAGGAUGGCACAUCAAUGCGAGCUGUGGCAAGAAGGUUUUCUGUGUCUGUCAGCGUAGUGUCCAGAGCAUGGAGGCGCUACCAGGAGACAGGCCAGUACAUCAGGAGACGUGGAGGAGGCCAUAGGAGGGCAACAACCCAGCAGCAGGACUGCUACCUCCACCUUUGUGCAAGGAGGAGCAGGAGGAGCACUGCCAGAGCCCUGCAAAAUUACCUCCAGCAGGCCACAAAUGUGCAUGUGUCUGCUCAAACGGUCAGAAACAGACUCCAUGAGGGUGGUAUGAGGGCCCGACGUCCACAGGUGGGGGUUGAGCUUACAGCCCAACACCGUGCAGGACGUUUGGCAUUUGCCAGAGAACACCAAGAUUGGCAAAUUCGCCACUGGCGCCCUGUGCCCUUCACAGAUGAAAGCAGGUUCACACUGAGCACGUGACAGACGUGACAGAGUCUAGAGACGCCGUGGAAAAUGUUCUGCUGCCUGCAACAUCCUCCAGCAUGACCGGUUUGGCGGUGGGUCAGUCAUGGUGUGGGGUGGCAUUUCUUUGGGGGCCGCACAGCCCUCCAUGUGCUCGCCAGAGGUAGCCUGACUGCCAUUAGGUACCGAGAUGAGAUCCUCAGACCCCUUGUGAGACCAUAUGCUGGUGCGGUUGGCCCUGGGUUCCUCCUAAUGCAAGACCAAUGCUAGACCUCAUGUGGGCUGGAGUGUGUCAGCAGUUCCUGCAAGAGGAAGCCAUUGAUGCUAGGUAAUGGCCCACCUGUUCCCCCAGACCUGAAUCCCAAUUGAGCACAUCUGGGACAUCAUUGUCUCUCGCUCCAUCCACCAACGCCACGUUGCACCACAGAUUGUCCAGGAGUUGGUGGAUGCUUUAGGUCCAGGUCUGGGAGGGAGAUCCCUCAGGAGACCAUCCGCCACCUCAUCAUGGAGCAUGCCCAGGCGUUUGUAGGGAGGUCAUACAGCACGUGGAGGCCACACCACACUACUGAGGCCUCAUUUUGACUUGUUUUAAGGACAUUUACAUCAAAGUUGGAUCAGCCUUGUAGUUUGGUUUUCCACUUUAAUUUUGAGGGUGACUCCAAAAUCCAGACCUCCAUGGGGUGAUACAUUUGAUUUCCAUUGAUAAUUUUUGUGUGAUUUUGUUGUCAGCACAUUCAACUAUGUAAAGAAAAAAGUAUUUAAUAAGAUUAUUUCAUUCAUUCAGAUCUAGGAUGUGUUAUUUUAGUGUUCCCUUUAUUUUUUUGAGCAGUGUAUAUAUAUAUAUACACACACACAAUCAAAGUGGCUGAUCUUGUCUAAAAGGCGUCUUAAUUGUUGAUUUAUUUAACUAGGGAUUAAAAAUGUAUGCACUCACUAACUGUAAGUCGCUCUGGAUAAGAGCGUCUGCUAAAUGACUAAAAUGUAAAAUGUAUUGGUUCACUCUGUAUUUUAGUCAAUAGGAUCAAGGUUCUGUUUUCUGUGUUUGUGUACAGGAUAAGGAACCUGUAUGCCCAACUGAUAGAGAAGGAUGCGUUGAUAAAGGUUUUACAGCAGCGGAACUCUCGCCAUGACCUCAGCGCCCUCCGCCCUGCCCGCUCCACCCCCUCCAUCUCCUUAGCAACAGGACUGCACCCACGACAAGCUUCUCAGACAGACGAGAGGAAAGAGAGAAACCUCCUCCCAUCCCUCCCCCUCCUCUCUUCCCCACCUUCCUCUUUAUCAACCACCUCCUCUCUCCCUCCCUCUGCUCUCUCCCUCCCUUCCAAUCUUGCUUUCUCAUCCACCAUCCCCUACUCCACUACACCUUCUCAUUCCUCCUCCACUCUUCCUUACUCCUCUUCCUCAACGCUUUCCCUAUCCUCCACCCUCCCUUUCUCCUCCACCCUCCCCCUCUCCUCCUCCCUCCCCCUCUCCUCCUCCCUCCCCCUCUCCUCCUCCCUCCCCUCCACUCCUCUCCUGUCCUCCCAUUCUAAGACAGGCAGUAGAGACAGCAGCACUCAGACUGACAAAGGUUCAGAGACCCUCAAAAUCCUGCCCCUCCCCAGCAGAGCCUGGCUGGGAUUGGCCAGGACCCAGAGGACAGGUGAGUGACAGCUAAAACUGAACAAUCAAGGAACAGUGAACCCUCUCCAAAUGUAAAAUGUAAUGUAAAACUGACCCUAGUUAAGCAACUUCAUUCUAACUUUGGAUCUGAUAUUCUACAGAUAACUAUGUCUUCAGCUAACUGUUCUCUCUGUUUCCAUAGAUAAGACUAGAACCCAGCCCCCAAACCUACCAAGCACAGACUUAGUGGAGAUCCUAAUC